GCCUAAACUCUCUCUCUCUCUCUCUCACUUGUACACUUGUUUAUGUUGGUUUUCGUCGGAUUUCAAAAUCACUAUAAAAACUGGCAAUCUCUCUCUCUCUCUCUCUCUUCUCUCACCAACUCCUUGCGGAAUCCAGCUCCUCUUUUUUUGUCUCCUACUGUAAAUGGCAUUAGCAAGUUGUUUCCUGCUGCAGGCCUCACCAAGCAUUGCUUUCAGACAUCGAUUUGUGGGACUUCAUUGUUCAUCGGAUUCGGCUUGCUUCCGAUCACUCUCUUUUUCCUCUUCCCUCCGCAAUUUCUCCCCCAAGUGACCAAAUGCGUGACCAGGCUCAGUGAUGAUUGCCUGGACUCCUGUUUUGUUGGCCACCCUUUAUGCCUCCCACGGAGGUUUCGAAAUGAGUCAUGUGGUCAUGUUUUAUCUUUGGAGAACAUAAAAUCACUACAGACACACAGGGUGAAUACAGUUUUGAGAGUUGCGAGCAGCUUUGAGCAAAUGGAGGUUGAUAUCUCUGUAAGUCCCAGAGUGAAUUCGGUGAAGCCCUCAACGACGUUGGCUAUAUCUGACCAGGCAGCGGCUUUAGUACAAGCUGGUGUGCCUGUUAUCCGAUUAACAAUUGGAGAAUCUGACUUCAAUACCCCAGCUGUAAUAGCAGAGGCUGGGAUUGAUGCAAUUCGUGAAGGUUACACAAGGUACACUCCAAAUGCGGGAACCCUAGAGCUCCGAUCAGCUAUUUGUCAAAAGUUGAAGGAGGAGAAUGGGAUCUCUUAUACACCUGAUCAGAUCUUGGUGAGCAAUGGAGCAAAGCAGAGCAGCAUUCAAGCAGUGCUAGCUGUUUGUUCUCCCGGAGAUGAGGUUAUAAUUCCAGCUCCAUUUUAUGUGAGUUACCCAGAAAUGGCAAGGCUGGCUGAUGCAACGCCUGUAAUUCUUCCAACCCACAUCUCCAAAAAUUUUCUCUUUGAUCCUAAGUUUCUUGAAUCCAAACUGACUGACAAGUCAAGACUGUUGAUUCUUUGUUCUCCAUCUAACCCAACCGGAUCUGUUUACCCGAGGAAACUGCUUGAAGAAAUUGCUCAAAUUGUGGUGCUGUCUGAUGAAGUAUAUGAACACAUUAUUUAUGCACCAGCGACUCAUACAAGCUUUGCAUCUUUGCCAGGCAUGUGGGAGAGGACUCUGACUGUCAAUGGGUUUUCUAAGACCUUUGCAAUGACUGGUUGGAGACUUGGAUACCUAGCUGGUCCUAAACACUAUGUUGCAGCAUGUGGAAAGAUUCAAAGCCAGUUCGCUUCAGGUGCCAGUAGCAUAUCCCAAAAAGCAGGUGUUGCUGCUUUGGGACUGGGUUAUGCUGGUGGGGAAUCAGCUUCUACUAUGGUUAAAGCAUUUCAGGAGCGGCGAGAUUAUUUAGUUAAGAGUUUUGGAGAAUUGGAAGGUGUUAAAAUAUCAAUACCCCAGGGAGCUUUCUAUCUCUUCCUUGAUUUCAGCUCCUACUACGGAGCAGAGGCUGAAGGCUUUGGUAUGAUCAAAGAUUCAGAAUCUCUAUGCCGCUAUUUGCUGGACAAGGCCCAGGUGGCUCUUGUCCCAGGAGAUGCAUUUGGGGAUGACAGCUGCAUUCGCAUCUCGUAUGCAGCAUCUCUUUCCAGCCUAGAGGCUGCAGUGGACCGUAUUAAGAAAGCAUUAAUCACUCUUUGACCUGCUAUCCCUGUUUAACUUAGAGACUAGCUAUCAUAAGUUAUUAUUCUUGUACUCAUUUUCAGAUCCAAAAUGUGUAUUUUGUGGUUAAUUCAUAUUAUAUAAUGAAUAAAACUUGGGGAUAGUUAAUGUCAUUCCAUGAAAAAAAGUCCGGGACCUCAUAUUCCAUAACCUAUUUCAAUCAAUCCGCGCUUGCUAUUGUACUCGUUAUAAUCAAGUAGAGACGUUGGAAGACUAGUACACUGGUAAAAGUGGGGUAUAUUUUUAAAAUACUUUUUGUAA